AUGUCAUCCACCAGCGAGAGCAGGUACACCUAUGAGCAGUACAAGGAGACAGCUGAUUGGCUGCUGGAGCGUACGACUCACAUGCCCAAGGUGGCCAUCAUCUGUGGUUCUGGACUGGGAGGGCUGGCAGACUUACUGGAGAAUAGUGUAGCCUUCCCUUAUAAAGACAUCCCUCACUUCCCUCAGAGCACAGUGCCAGGCCAUGCUGGGAAUCUGGUGUUUGGGGAGCUGCAAGGGAAGGCCUGUGUUUGUAUGCAGGGCAGGUUCCAUUACUAUGAGGGCUACAGCAUCGCCAUGGUGACGUACCCGGUGCGUGUGUCUACUCUGCUUGGGGUGGAGACGUUGAUAGUGACCAACGCUGCAGGAGGACUGAACCCUAAGUUCAAUGUUGGUGACAUCAUGUUGAUCAGAGACCACAUCAAUAUGCCUGGCCUGGCCGGCAUCAACCCUCUGAGGGGACACAACGAUGACAGGUUUGGUGUGCGGUUCCCCUGCAUGUCGGAUGCGUAUGAUGCAGACCUGGGCCGUUUGGCUCGAGAGGUGGCGGAGGAGCAGGGCUGUUCCUCUUUCCUCCAACAGGGGGUGUACUGCAAUGUGGGCGGCCCCGCCUUCGAGACAGUGGCAGAGAGCAAGAUACUGCUGAGCCUGGGGGCAGACGCUGUGGGUAUGAGUACAGUGCCAGAAGUGAUUGUGGCUCGUCACUGUGGUCUGCGUGUGUUUGGCCUGUCUCUCAUCACCAACCGCGUGGUGUCAGAGUAUGGCAGCCAGGACCGCGCUAACCAUGAGGAGGUGCUGGAAAUCACCCAGCGACGCACACAGGACCUGCAGAAACUCAUCAUCAACCUCCUGGCCCGAAUAUAGAUACACACACUAUCUGAUAGUGAUGUUCAAUUUCUUUUUGAUUUAUUUCACCUUUAUUUAACCAGGUAGUUCUAAUUUACAACUGCAACCUGGCUAAGAUAAAGCAAAGCAGUUCGACACAUGCAACAACACAGAGUUACACAUGGAAUAAACAAACAUACAGUCAAUAAUACAGUAGAAAAAGUCUAUAUACAGUGGUGGCAAAUGAGGUAGGAUACGGGAGGUAAGGCAAUAAAUAGGCCAUGGUGGCGAAGUAAUUACAAUAUAGCAAUUAAACACUGGAAUGGUAGAUGUGCAGAAGAUGAAUGUGCAAGUAGAGAUACUGGGGUGCAAAGGAGAAAGAUAAAUAAAUACAAUAUGGGGAUGAGGUAGUUGGAUGGGCUAUUUACAGAUGGGCUAUGUACAGGUACAGUGAUCUGUGAGCUGCUCUUACAGCUGGCGCUUAAAGCUAGUGAGGGAGAUAUGAGUCUCCAGCUUCAGUGAUUUUUGCAGUUUGUUCCAGUCAUUGGCAGCAGAGAACUGGAAGGAAAGGCGGAUGAAGGAGGAAUUGGCUUGGGGGGUGACCAAUGAAAUAUACUUGCUGGAGCGCGUGCUACGGGUGGGUGCUGCUAUGGUGACCAGUGAGCUGAGAUAAGGUGGGGCAUUACCUAGCAAAGACGUAUAGAUGACCUGGAGCCAGUGGGUUUGGCGACGAAUAUUAAGCGAGGGCCAGCCAACGAGAGCAUACAGGUCGCAGUGGUGGGUAGUAUAUGGGGCUUUGGUGACAAAACGGAUGGCGCUGUGAUAGACUGCAUCCAAUUUGCUGAGUAGAGUGUUGGAGGCUAUUUUGUUAAUGAUAUCGCCAAAGUUGAGGAUCGGCAGAAUGGUCAGUUUUACGAGGGUAUGAUUGGCAGCAUGAAUGAAGGAUGCUUUGUUGCGAAAUAGGAAGCCGAUUCUAGAUGUAAUUUUGGAUUGGAGAUGCUUAAUGUCAGUCUGGAAGGAGAGUUUACAGUCUAACCAGACACCUAGGUAUUUGUAGUUGUCCACAUAUUCUAAGUCAGAACCAUCCAAUACUGUCAGUAUAAUAAAAACUAAGGACAGCUUGAAUCAGAGAGAUACGAGUGUAUCUGAUUCCACACCCUGUUUUCCAAAUCAGUAUUUGUGAGUUAUUAAUAUGUGCCUGAGAUUGAGAGGACUUGGAACUCAACUCCACCUUAUUAUUGUCCACAACUGAUUAUUCUUUCUUAAGUAAUAUCUUAUUUUCUUGAAAAAGCUGACACUGAUAUUCCAUUCAGUCGAAAGUCCUUUUUGUAACUAUCUUUCUAAAAAUAAAUGAAUAUAUUAUAUUAUAGUACUGUUAUCUGUUAUUGUACUGACAGUAUUGACAAUUUUAAUUGAUUCAUAUAAAAGUUUUUAUUCUAUGAACAUAAUGCCUCUUUCUGCUGUUGUUGCCUUGCUUUAUAACCCUGCAUCUCUUCUGAAACACUCUUGUGAAAUAAAAGGCACCAUUCCAA